UCGACUGAGUCUUCUUUUAUUGUAGUUAGUUAGUUUAUUAACUCUGACGAGCACUCUCGCAUCUUUUUAACACUGUCUGGUUUGGCUGGAGCAGUAAAUUUUUGUGAGGUCUCCUGAAAGAACUGGAAGCUUGUAUUGUGAGGUCUCCACGUGUCUGAUAUGGAAGCUUUAAGAGCUUGUAUCCCUCAGGAUCUUCGUCGUAGGCUCAGAAACUUCUGGAUGAUAUGAACAAGGCUUAGAAGAUUACGAUGAAGCACAAGCAAGUAUGAGGCAAUCCAGAGGAAUGAUGAUGAUGAUGAACGAUGAAAUGGAUUACCACGAUCAUGAUGAUCAUCCGCCCGCACAUGAACACAAGGAAGAACAAAAAGCCGUACAGGAAGAUCCUUGGGCUGAAUAUUAUGACUUCAUUAUCAAUGAAGGAUCUUUCAAAUUUUGGGCAGUUUUCCAGCUAUUCACAGCUGCUCUUCUGAUUUAUUCUGCAUUCGCUGCUGUGUACUAUGCAAAGUUCAACGUGAUCACCACCGACUACGACUACUACGAUGAUUUUCUAGGUAGAUCGCGCAGGGACUCAUCAUCGACGAACAGCUUCUGGUCAGGACUCUCAUCACAGACGUUUCAAAGGAUACUCGACGCUAUUUCAUCAAAAAAAUAUACAUGAGGCUGUACAUGAAGAGGGGAAUACCUAUUUCAGAUAUACUUUCUUUAGACUGAUCGAUAAAAGUUUUGAAAUAGGAAUUUGGACUCUUCAUUUUUAAUAUAGUUAUUUAUAAAGUCAACUAUGAGUUUUUUUUUAGUGGUUAUAUUUUGAUAAAAGUAUGAGACCCAUGCCACUUUUCAGGGGAUGAUUUUUAUAGAGGCCCACAGAGAAAACUUUCAAGACUAACAAAUUUCAAAAGAAAUUUGCGAAAUUAACAAUUAAAUUAGGGGUUGCUGACC